CGUAGAAGGAAAUUUCCGAGGGUCGUGAUGUUCACAUUCCCCAGCCGACUGACCAUGAAGCUGCCGAUUCGCCCGUACCGUGGAGUCCGCUGCUCGGGGGAUGGUUCCUGCUGUAUUAAUAUGCGUGGAGGGGACGCUGCUGAUGUGAAGGUCAAAACAUCAUGGCAGUACAGCAGUCUCACCCCCUUACCCCGGUGCCACCCGUUUCUUGGAGGUUCUCCCCGCUUCCUACUCACAUCUUCAGCUUGCUUCCCGAUGCCUGUAGCAGUGAGAGUAGUGACAUAGAACUAGAACAGAAACAAGGUCUGCAGCAAAUAGAAGAAUGACGGAAAUCACGUCAACAACAACAACAAUACGAAGAGUACUGCAGCUUCCUGGAAGAGCAGAAACACAAAUUCUAUCUGCAACAAGCUCAACAGUACCGAGAACAAGAAGACCACGCGAAUGGACACAUCGAAGAACAAUGCCAUCGAAACGGGUGCUUUCAGAAAUGUUUGAACGAGUACGAUCAGGAACAACAAUGUAUACAGGGUGAUUCCGUUUACAAACAGAAUCUCAGUCGGUGCGUUCAAGAACAAGGGAAAUAUAACGCAGAUGGUUAUAACCAAGUGCACGACGCAUAUCAGUUGAAUGGAUACCUUCAGGAAGAAUCACAUCACGACCAAGAAUAUCAGUUAACGAACGAUACGCAACAGUGUUAUGUCCAGCAAGAGCUGCAGUAUCAGUACGCAGUGCAUCAGAGUGUAGAAAACGAGUGUCAGUAUCCGACAGGAGGUGGCGAGGAGUGUCGUCAACGGCUCGAGCAGAGUUACACCACCGACAAAGAGGUAGACGUUGCGCUCGGGCAGACUGAACGGCUAAUAGGUCAGCAGGAGACAGAGGAGGGCGGUAGAGUGUUCUGCAUUGUUGGCCCGAACGGAAGUCCUAGACUCUCGACAUAUACGUCCAUGUCGACGUCGGUUGGGUCAUCUGAAGGUAUGCGGCUGGAGCUUGCUGGAGUUACGCUGGACAGCAGCACGGACGACCUCAACGGCAUUGCGACCACAUGUGGUUAUCGGGACGCUCGUCAACAGAGGAAAGAUCUGUCCAUGGAUUCUGGCAUCCAGGGUAGCUCCUGCGACCUCGCUGCAGACAGCAGCGGCUCCGACCUCGAUGACGACAGCCUCAAUGGAUCUCUUGAAGUAACUGUACCUGAUUGUCUGGAUGAUAAGAAUGUAUCUACUGCAAUGAGGAUCAUUAGUGGUGGUGCCACUGGUGAUGUGGAAGUCCAUCAUGGGGAAACGUUGAACCUGGUUGAAGAGUUGUACAUUAUGGAGGAUUCCAAAAAGGAACUCCAUCCUGUGCCUCAGGAGGUGGUCCUGGAAGGAUGUCAUGCUUUCAAGAACCAAAAUCUCUCCAUUGCCACAGAAGUGGUUGUCGACACCACGAACUUGUCCAUUCCUGACAGUCUAGAAACUCCUGUACAUCUCCCAGAAAACCUCUGCAGGUCUAAUGGCGAAGACAAAACGUUUCAACGGUCCCCAACAAAUGUUUCAGACACAACAACUGACAAUGUCUGCAAUGGCCAUCGAACAUCCAGAAAUCUGUCCCCAGUGAGUGACAAAUCUGCAAGAGAUAAUUCAAUCAAGAACCUCGACUCUACAACAGGAACAUACGUGUCUUAUUCUACUCCCUCUCUGGAUGACGUCACACUUGUUGAAGCAAUGCCAAAAAGUCGUGUUAGAGCCAACAUGACAAAAAUGGUUACAGGUGGUUGUAGGGCAGAGUUGGACAUAUCACAUGAUGAUAGUAAUGACACCAAGGAGGUUCCCCAGUCACUUCAUUGCCAACAUUUUGUUGUGGUUGCCAUAGAUAUUGGAACUACAUACAGCGGAUAUGCCUUUUGUUUCACUCGGGACCCAGAUUCAAACAUUCACAUGAUGAGAAAAUGGGAAGGAGGAGACCCUGGUCUGAACAACCAGAAGACACCAACAACACUACUCCUGACACCCAAUGGGGAGUUCCACUCAUUUGGCUUCACAGCCAGGGAUUUCUUCCAUGACUUGGAUAUACAAGAGGCAAAGAAGUGGCUGUAUUUUGACAAGUUCAAAAUGGCUCUUCAUCACAACCAGGACUUGAGCCGCAGUACUAAGUUACAGGCGGCAAAUGGCCAGUCGGUAUCUGCACUUACUGUAUUUGCCCAUGCAUUACAUCAUCUCAAGAACCAUGCUUUGAUGGAAUUGUCGGAUCAGAUGGGCUCAAAUGUUGGUGUUGAAGAUGUCCGUUGGGUCGUGACUGUACCUGCCAUCUGGAAGCAACCUGCCAAACAGUUUAUGAGAGAAGCUGCAUAUAAGGCAGGUUUGUGUAAACCUGACCAUCCUGAAGGUCUCUUGAUUGCAUUAGAGCCCGAAGCAGCUUCCAUCUGCUGCCGGAAACUGCGUCUGAAUCAGCUUGUGCUAGAGCGACCCACCGAGCAGACCAAGCUAAAACUGAGGCGAGCCUCCAGUUCUACCUUGAGUCUUCCCCUGGAACCCACUGGAAACAAUCUCAUACUUGAAGACAGUAGAGAAGGUACACGAUAUAUGGUAGUGGACUGUGGAGGAGGAACGGUGGAUAUCACUGUUCAUGAACUCAGUGAACGUCAUGGCACAUUACGUGAACUUCACAAAGCUACAGGUGGACCUUGGGGAUCUAUGGGUGUUGAUUAUGAAUUUGAACACAUGCUUGAAGAUAUAUUUGAUGCUGAAUUCAUGGUUCAAUUCAAGCUUAAGCGUCCAGCUGCAUAUGUAGAACUUCUGUUGAGCUUUGAAGCCCGCAAGCGGAGUGCUAGUCCUCAUCGAGACUCAUCAUUCAACAUUUUUCCACCAUUUUCCUUCAUUGAUUACUACCGUAAAUUCAAAGGCAAAGAGGUUGAACAGGCUGUGAAGAAAUAUGGCAGGAAGGAUAUAACAUGGUCCACUCAGGGAAUGUUGCGUCUUCAGCCUAAUGUGAUGUUGGAACUGUUUAGACCAAUGAUGGAUAAAAUAAUACAGCACAUUCAAGAUGUACUGGAAAGUCCAAGAGUAAAUGGCAUCAAGUUUUUGUUUCUUGUGGGAGGAUUUGCAGAAUCCCAGAUUCUGCAGCAUGAAGUUAGGAAAACUUUUAGUGACAAAGUGAAUGUCAUCAUUCCACAGGGAGUGUCUUUGACAAUCCUCCGAGGAGCAGUGUUAUUUGGUCUGAAUCCAGGACUGGUGACGAUUCGGCGAUCAAAACAAACUUAUGGUGUGGGCAUACUCAAACGUUUCAUGCAUGGGGUUCAUCCUCCAGAGAAAUUAAUUGAGAAAGAUGGCGUGGAGUGGUGCGUUGAUGUCUUGGACAAGUUUGUUGUGGCUGAGCAAUCAGUGGAGAUUGGGGAGACUGUGGUACGUCGAUAUACUCCAGCCAUCCCUUUUCAGAAAUCUAUUGUCAUCAACAUCUAUAGUGCUGACUCUGCUGAUGCACAAUUCAUCACUGACCUUGGAGUUCAUCGCUGUGGAACCCUAAGCCUGAACAUCGCAGACAUAAAAGAAAACGAAAGUAGCGACAGUCCUCGUGAAAUUCACACGCGCAUGGUGUUCGGGGGAACAGAAGUGACAGCCAGUGCUCUUGAUAUAGCAACAGGUCACACAGUGCAUGCAGAGAUGGACUUUCUUACAAUUUCCAAUGAUACUGAAGUAUAAACAUAAAAGGUUCAUCACAAAGAAACUUUAAUUUUUGUACAGAAUUCCACCAGUUAACCCUAAUUCCUUCAGAAUGUUAUAUAGUUUUGGUCAUGAUUUUUCUACGUGUUUUUCCUAUAGGUCUAACAUAUUCUACAUUCUCCUUGAAGCUAAAUUGAAAUUUCCCUGACCCCAUUAUAAGUUGUGUACAGGGUUAUUUAACUUAUCCUCUCUGCUCAGGAGGUAGCAAGAUGACUUCUUUGGGUCAUCUUCCCUAGAUGUGUUGCUUUCUUAUCAGCUACUGGUCACAUCCAUCUGUUGUUGGUUACUAGCUUCUUCCUCUCCUCUUACCUGACUGCAAGUUGGACAAGCCAGACUUCCAUAAAAUCUGGAUCAUCUGGAUUACAGGAGUGCAGGACCAUCUACCAAGUCAGGGUAGUAGCCAUAACCACUGGAGGAAUAAAGUCUAACUUUGAUUUCCUACACUUGAUUAACGUGUGUUAGUAUAAACCCCAAAUAUCAAAUUUAUGACUAGAUGCAUAUGUCAUUCCAGUCUUAAAUAUACAGAAGUCGAUGUACAAACUAAGGACAAAUGAGCCUAUUUAAUAUGGGUAAAAAGUAUACUCCAAAGUAAUAAAUAAAAGGGUUGCUUAAACUUUACAAUAUAUUUUAUUAGAAGAACACCGUUUCAGAUGGAGCCAUUAACAACUGACUGUUGUUUUGCUACAACAGAUUGUACAAAGAACAUAAUAUAAUCAAGAGACAUCUUGCUAUCAUAGGUAUAGAAAAAAUCUUUUUGAUACAGUAUGUAGACAAAGCUGUGACAAAUAUUGAGGAAAAAGAGGAUAUCCAGAACAUUUAAUCAGUAGCAUUGAAAGUUCAUAUAAUAUUUUGGUAAGAGAUGCUGGAGAAAUAACAAUUAAAGUAAUGAUAAAACAAGGAGUUAGGCAAGGUUGUAGUUUGUAAGGACAAAAAUAACACAAGAUGCAGUGAUAGAACAAAUUGCACAUUUUAAAUAUCUUUGCUGUGAUAUUAUAAUACUUAUGAACUAGAAUUAAAUAAAAUUAAAUUCGUGGCGUAACAGCUCCAGAGAA